GAGGCAUGGGUCAAGGCAAAAGCAGCCUUAAUGAUGGUUGUUCGAAAACGUGAUUAUAAUUUUAUUGCUAUUCUUGACAAAUAUAUGGAGGAUUAUCAGAAAGAUCUAUCUUCUAAUAGUGAUAGUGAUAUGAAUUUGAAUCCAAAAGAGUUAAUGAAUCCUCAUAAGCGUAAAGCCAAAGGUUGA